AUGGCACUGACCCCGGACUCUACUUGCUCCCAGCUCACCUCUACUCUUGGAGCUCUGCUGAUGGGAGCGCAUGGCAUACAGAUCCGACAGCUACGGUCGGCAUCAGUAAAGUGUGGCGAACUAAGACGGGUCGGACUAGGAUUUACCGUGCAGUUCAGGCACUACGGCAGCGAGGGUGUAGUGGUGGCGGAUCCCGUCUGGUGA